AUGGCAAACAAAACAUGUAAGACACUGGUGGGAAUUGUUAAAGACGUAAUGAUACAGAUUGAUAAAUUUUCAUUCCUUGUAGAUUUUGUGAUACUAGACAUUAAAGCAUAUCCAAAUAUGCCUUUCAACCUAGGAAGACCAUUCAUGAAAACCAUGAGGAUGCUCGUGGGCAUUGAUAAAGGUGAAUUAAUGGUUAGGAUCAAAGAUCGUGAGAUGGAUGAAGAGCAGGUAAAUAUGAUGGAGAAAUGUGAUACGACAUUGCUCCAAACAAUGCCAACAAAAAUGAAGGAUCCAAGUAAGUUUACCAUCUCUUGCACUAUUGGUGGGGUUGAGAUCCCACAUGCUCUAUGUGAUUUAGAGUCGAGUAUCAAUUUAAUACCUAUAAAUAAGGUGAAGGAAUUAAAGUUUGGAGAGAUCAUGCCUAGUAAUGUAACUCCUACUUUAACUAAUUUAUUGGUUACUCAUCAUCAUGGUGUUCUACAAGAUGUGUUAGUACAUGUCGAUAGUUUAGUUUUUCCUGCAGAUUUUGUGAUGGUAGAUAUGAAGGGAGACACAGGUGGCUCAGCUAUUCUCGAACUCCCAUUUUUGGGGACCGGGAAAAUGUUAAUAGAUUUGGAAACAGGUGAACUUAGUUUGAAGUUCAAUAAUGAAAAAGUGGUGUUUAAUGCUUAUGAAUGGACAUUGUAUGCAGAUGAUCUGGAAACAUGCUACUAG